CACUGCUUGUCGUGAUCAUUAUUUGAGAGACGCGAAUACCGGUACCUCUAUCCCAGUUUUGCUACUCCCCUCUAAUCGAACAUUCCAGAACCCUUCGUUCCGAGCCGGGGACAGUUCAACACGAAAUUGAAAAUGACGACGCAGGCAAACGCUUUAGAUAAAACUUUUCAUCUACUUGUUGAAAGUUCUAUUCAUGAUGUUUCCGAAGACGACAAUUCAGUCUACUCUUAUGAUUAUGCGGAGAAUCGGCAGAUAUCUGCAGCAGAACGCCAGGGUGCUUUGUGCGAACAAUUACUCGCUGAGCUCAAAACGACGCAAAGCCGAGAACCUAAACGACAUAGUUCCGCACAGAACAACUCUAGAGACGAUUCGACUUUAGAGAAUGACAAUAGAAGCAUUCGUGACCUCUUCCCGAACACGAAAGUCUAUGAUUUACUUCCAUCUGUUUUGAAUCCACUUUUAAAUGAUCGAGUAGACACAGAGUGUCUAUUACCAGGAACUCAAGAUGAAACAGCAAACGAAGAGAUUUUGUCAGAAUCCACAAAAGCAGCCUUUUCUCUGACGCUUCCUAGCAUGCAAGCGGGGCGUUUAUAUGCACAUUUGUUAAACCGACCGGGAGCAUUGGGAAGUGGCCUUGUCGAUUUAGAACCCCUGACAGCAUUGUUGGCUUUGGUCCGUCGCUGGACAGUGGAAUGCUGUGGACGAGAGCAGUUUGCUCUUGUGUCAUCUUCUGGAUCUUCAUCGACCUUCGAUUCAAUGACGUACUCUCCUUCCAAGUCCCCCCCUCAAAAGCGGAGCCGCAGGGGUAGCAGAAGUAAUCGUAUGAUGAAAUCACGACAUGACAACUUUGAAGAUGGAGAGAACAAUUCGGAAGAACAGCAGAUUCAUAAUGUUCUAGCCAUGGGGACUCUAGUCGCUGCGGAGAUUUGCCAAAUUCCGCAGCAGCCCGAGUUUGCCAGCUGGUCAUCUGAAAGUCGUGAGGUUCUAAUAGAAGCUACAUUGGUGUCCAUCGGAACAGUUGCUGCACUCCUAGGCAAGAAACGCAAUACAAUCGACACAAGCUUCGACGACAAACGCGAUAACAACAGGGACAACUUGCUGCAAAAAAUGAUAAUAUCUCAAGGCCAACAGGCAUUUGAACAAUGCUUGGUUGUGGUUAAUGAAAAAGAAGAUCAAGAAAAUGAUGACCCUCAGAGGCAGCAGCAGCAACAUCAACAAUGUCACGAGACAGCCAUCAUCAUUUUGAGAGGCCUCAUGCAUCUUCUGCAACUAAAAGUCGUCUUGCCCAAUGGAGAGAGGGGGAAAAUCGAAGCUUUCACAGCCGCAAGUAAAAUAAUGUCAUCGCUGAUGAGAAAAUGCAACCUAGCAUGGGUAGCAUCAAAAGAAAAGUGCGAUUCAUCUUUAAAAAACAAAACGCCAAGUCGGGUUGAACGACGCAGAUCAUCGAUUGGAGGGGUCUUAAAAAUACAGACACCCCGGAGCACUAUCUCUAAGAGUAGGCGAAAAUCUUUGGAUGGAGGUUCCACGCCCAUGGUAAGUCCUGUAUUAAAGAAAAAGCACAAUAAUGAAAACAGAGGACUUCCUUCGGGUACUAUAAAUGGGGUAUCAAAGGUCAAUGAUAAGCCGCGCGGUAUUCAGGCUAUAUUUCUGGGACUGCUGCAAAAGCUCACCACGGGAAGAGUUGGUUUAGAGAAAGCAGCCUUGCGAAGAAGCACCGUAGAUACGAUACAAUCUUGUAUGAAAUGGUUGCCCCAUGCGGAACGGUCUCAUUUCUUAGAAUAUAUCAUUAAGAUAUGCCACUCUAAAGUAUCCGUGCACAGAUUGGUGGCGUGUGAAAUCAUGGGAAAUGUUUUGUUUCAAGAUUGGAUAGCUGAACACGAAAAUGACUUAAUUAGCAAGGACGAUUAUGACGAUCGUUCCUUCUACGACACCAACGAAGAAAAAGAGACCGGGGACAAAAAUACAGGAAUUCAAUUGCCUCAAGCUCUCUGGAAAGCGUUACAAGGUAGAUUGAUGGAUCGUAUUGCUGCCGUUCGCGCUUCCGCAGCCAAUUCCCUAGAGAAUGUCAUGACAGAAAUCCAGAAGAACGAUAAAAUUUCCGUCUGCUACAACAAGGGAGAAAGUCUUCUUAUUGCGUUGCGGAAGCGAGCAAUCAAGGAUGAAACGUCAACCGUUCGCAAGGCUGCUGUUCUAGCUCUUACAAAAGUUCUAUUGGCACAAAAAGAGUACAUUUCGUCGUAUUACAUUUCUGCGAUUUGCGAUCUUUGUCAAGAUUCUAGUCUUCUGACCCGCCGAGCAGCUGCCGAAGCGCUGACUACUCUUCUGAAAGCCUGCAUCAGUCCCCACCAAAACGAUGCAUCUAUUGAUCUUACUGAAGAUCUUUAUGACGUGGGGCUGAUUGAGGAGGCGUGGUCGACCUGUGUAUUGCCAAUGGUUCUGGACGAAGAGACAUCCAUUACGGCUAGAAAUGCUUUCCAUAAAGUUGUCAUUUUACCAAUUGUAGAAGAAGACGACAUCAAUGGCACACAGAAAAAGCAAGUUGCUUGGCGUAUCCUUGCGAACGUGGGGAACUUGACAUGUCGGCAAGGUGCCUCGAAAGGUGCUUUUCAAGCUCUACAAACCGCCCUCUCUCAUUUGGGUCGCGAAGAUCCAAAUCUGAUCCAUAUUGAGUUGUUCGAAAUAGUAACAUAUAUGGCUUCUAGCACUCUUUCCCAAAGCGAUCAUCAUUCAGAGGUUAAUGCUGUCGGAGUUUGGUCCCUUCUGGAGGCACUGCUUUGUAUUGAUUACAAUGGAACGAGAAAAUCAUUCCGCACUUCGAAGAAAAUUGACCUUUCCUUUUGUCUGUCGGCCUGGAAGGUGAUGAUUGAAAAACAUUCUUCCAUGCCCAAGUCGGCUCCACAUAGGAGCACCUUGAAAUCAUCCCUGGUUGUGCUUUCAAAGAUAGCGAAUACUUUUGCUUCUACAGAUUCCGACGAUAUUUUAUUGACAUUGAACCAACAUCUGCUGGGAUUUCAAUUUCCUCCCGACGCAUUGGGACCUGCAAUCAGUGCCAUGACUGAACUAACGAAACGAACGAAAUCUGGAGAGAACAGCAAUGAGUCCUGGAUAAAAGGUAUUUUUUCUGAAAGUGAAAAAGAAAUUAAGCGCUUCGUCCAAGAUGCGAACGCUGACUCUAGUGUCACAGAAUUUCGCAAACCGAAGUUGUUACGCGCACUAUUUUCGGUUGGAGAGGCUUCAAUGAUUGGAUUUAAACUAGAUGAUGAUGGAAGUUCUCCUACUCCGCUGUUCUUGAAGCCAUCGAAGCGGUUAAAAGAGCUUGUUCAAAUCAUUGUUUCGGGUCAUCUUCCAGGUGCUGCGAAACCAAGGAUUUCUUCAGCAAUUCGGGCUCAUGCAUUCACCGUGCUUGGAAAAUUUUGUUUGAGGGACGAAGAUCUUGCACGGCAAUCAUUGACUCUAUUUGCCCGCGAGCUACACCCAUCACUCCCAAAUCCGAGUCAGUCUGUCCAGAGCAACGCACUGCUUGUAAUGGGCGAUCUUUGUGUCCGAUAUACGAACAUGACAGACCGAUAUCUCCCUACCAUGGCGUCCUGUCUCCAGAAUGGAUGUACAAGUGACAUUUCCGUAUUAGAAAGAUCCUCAGUUGUACGGAAGCAUGCCGUUCUUCUCUUGUCAAGUCUGCUCCUACAAGAUUACAUCAAAUGGAGAGGCCUUUUGUUUCAUCGUUUCCUUGUUGCUUGCUCGGAUGAUGACGAAGAAGUUGCAGUGCUCGCAGAAUCUGUUUUGUCCGGACCAUUAAUGGUGCGAAAUCCAAAAAUAUUCUUCAACCAUUUCGUUGAGUCUAUUUUCGUGUUAAACAGAUGUGUAGCUCAUCCUAUCUACGUCUCUGCAACUCGUCAAGGUGAUGGUGGGAGUGGUAUCGCAGUCGGUUUUGACGGGAUCAAUUUAGAUGGAAAGGAAGGAGAAGCAAGACGUAGAAACAUGUACAACUUCCUUCUCUCGAAACUUACAGACGAAGAAAAGAUCGGGGUCACAGCACGUUUGGCGAAAGAGGUGUUGGGCGAGGCAGUAGGUAACGAAGGAGAUUUAUCUCAAGUCUGCAAAAGGCUAUCGCCGCCGGAUGAAUCAAGUUCGCCAAGGCUUAAAAGUGCAUGGAACGUUCUUUCUGACACCCUUUACGUGUUAACAAAUAAAUCAAUCAAAGUUGGAAGGGUUCAAGACGAGGUGGACGGGGGCAUUGACGAUCCAAAUCAAGUCGUCAAUCCGUCGCGUCAGGUGAAUGUAGCCAAGACUCGUCUACUUUCAAAAAUCAGCUUAAAGCAUAUGGUUGAAAUAGUGCUACCAAUUCUUUGCAAUCUGAAAGUCAAACUUCAAGCAAGUCGUUCUCCCCUUCUCAAGGAGCUGAUGGCUUAUUUACUUGAAAUCUUUAGAAAUCACAAAGUUGAAGUCAAGGAAUUUCUUGCAAACGAUCCUACGUUACUGCAAGAAAUUGAAUACGACUCACGCAAGCAUGCCAGCAAUAGUGAGGUGUGAAAAUGCACUCUCUAAACAUUUAUACACAUGGGUACUUUGUAGUGCAUGAACAAGGGGUAUCAAUAAAUUUAUACUUUGUUU